CCUCUGCGACAGCUUCCGUGCGGUGCCGCUCGCGGCGCGGCGAGCGGCCGCUCGGAAGGACACGGGGUGCAUCGGAGGUGUAUCCGCUCAGUACGUGCCGGAGUGGUACAUCAAUUGGUACCCCGGCUACCCGAUGGACGUGAUCCGCCACUGGUGGUCCAAGGCAGAGCUCAUGAAUGUCAUGAAGAGGUUCAACACAUAUCCGACUCUGCCGCGCGAUUGGCAAAUGGCCAAGGUGUCAAUGUGGUUCUCUACAGCCCUACGCCAUGGUCCGUAUUGGAAAGAUGGAUUCAGCCGAUACUUCGAAAAGAUUGACACUUUCGAUCCAUACGAUGGCUGGGUUGUUGUUGACGACUUGCUGGCAAAUUGGACUGGUGACAAUCAGUGGAACGGCUACCAGGACAUGCACGAUGUGAUUAUCAAGGGCAACCCUCACAGCUCAUACGUGUAUUGGGUGUUGCUGAACUGCUGCGAGAUGAUCGACAACCAUGGCAUGCAGAAGGGCAGGCUCCAGAUGAAAUGCGUCGAGGACGUCCGCGGGAUGACGAACCGCGAGCUGAUGGGCACUCUCGAAGCCAUCACCCAGCGAGCGGAGCUCCCUACCAAGUACGUGCCCUGGACCUGCCGAGUGGUACUGGCUCUGCCGCUGCGCGACUGCGCUGAGCGGCACGGCGAGCGUUCCUGGCUUGAUUGCCACAGCCAGGAGCGCGUCCAGGAUCUCCAGGCGCCGGGCACCAGUACCAACCAGGACCACGGCGCCGGCUGCCCGCGCACCACACUAACCAGAGCCCUGGCGGUCUCGCCGGCUGAACAGGUCUUACGUCCCCCUGGCAGUGUCACGAUGGUGUUCAGCUUUGCCAGACACUCAGUGCACCAGACCACUCAGGACAGCACAUCGCGCCUGCCGUGGCACAUGGGCUCCGCACAGGGCGUGCAGAAGAUGGCGUCCAUCGUCGGGCCGUUCCGUUACACCCUCAGGUCACGCUUCCUGAGUCGUGAGGCCAGACCGCGCGAGGCGCACCUCCUUGGGCAGAGGCUCGUCAAGGAUCCAGGUGUAUCCGCUCAGUACGUGCCGGAGUGGUACAUCAAUUGGUACCCCGGCUACCCGAUGGACGUGAUCCGCCACUGGUGGUCCAAGGCAGAGCUCAUGAAUGUCAUGAAGAGGUUCAACACAUAUCCGACUCUGCCGCGCGAUUGGCAAAUGGCCAAGGUGUCAAUGUGGUUCUCUACAGCCCUACGCCAUGGUCCGUAUUGGAAAGAUGGAUUCAGCCGAUACUUCGAAAAGAUUGACACUUUCGAUCCAUACGAUGGCUGGGUUGUUGUUGACGACUUGCUGGCAAAUUGGACUGGUGACAAUCAGUGGAACGGCUACCAGGACAUGCACGAUGUGAUUAUCAAGGGCAACCCUCACAGCUCAUACGUGUAUUGGGUGUUGCUGAACUGCUGCGAGAUGAUCGACAACCAUGGCAUGCAGAAGGGCAGGCUCCAGAUGAAAUGCGUCGAGGACGUCCGCGGGAUGACGAACCGCGAGCUGAUGGACACUCUCGAAGCCAUCACCCAGCGAGCGGAGCUCCCUACCAAGUACGUGCCCUGGACCUGCCGAGUGGUACUGGCUCUGCCGCUGCGCGACUGCGCUGAGCGGCACGGCGAGCGUUCCUGGCUUGAUUGCCACAGCCAGGAGCGCGUCCAGGAUCUCCAGGCGCCGGGCACCAGUACCAACCAGGACCACGGCGCCGGCUGCCCGCGCACCACACUAACCAGAGCCCUGGCGGUCUC